CAAUCAAUUCCAUCUGGUGAUUUGCGACGUUCCUCGGUUUUGCCGAGGCGACAGCCCGUCCGCAAAAACGCCACACGAGAAGCCACAAGAGACACCAAAUCAAACCAUCGCGGUUCUUGCAACCACAUAUAUCAGUCAACCUAACACUUCAUAAGGAUACUAGUCCUAUACAUGUGCCCAAAAAAUAACAAUGCCGCCGCCCUCUCGCUCUCAGAACCAAGCCAUGCCCCGGCACCAACACCAUCAACCUGUCCAUCCGCACCACCAGGAUGAUGAUGCUCACAACCACCAUCAACCGCCUCGUCCUGCCCCGCCACUGAGGACGUACACCUCGUCCUCGGGCAUGGCACCGAGAAGCCGCUUCGUCGAAGGGUCUAUGAAUGACCGCGUCAGCGCGGCGCCUCCGCCGGGGUUCUUGGGGCCCGAAAUGACCAGCGCUAACGCGAGCGAGGAGGCCGAGAACUGGGAAAGGCGGUAUUACCCCCCUUCGUCGUCUUCCAACAACCACAACAACACGUUGCGCCGGCCUAGAAGCAGCGCCGGUUGGAGUGUGCGGAACCUCAACACGAAGAAGGGAGGAGGAGGAGGCGGCUUCUUCCUUGCGCCGUUGUGGGAUGGGGUCAGGGAGAAGCUGAAUCUGAGGGCCGCCAAAUCUUCGGGGAGUAUCGGGAAAAUGAUGAUGAUGGGUACCAGCGGGAGCGUCGGGGUGGAGAAUGGGAAUGGUAGUGGGAAUGGACAUGGGAAUGGAAACGGAAAAGCAGUGAAGGGUGAGGUGCAACGGCAAGGGACAGCGCCGGCGGCCGGGAUUGACGAGGAGAAGUACCCCAGCCGCGAGGAGGUCAUGGAGAGCUAUAAGAACCUGGUCGCGUCUGGCUUCUUUGAGACGCACGCUAUUCGCGGCGGCAGACACCCACCGCGGACCGGGCCGGCCGUUCAGGGGACUCCCGCACCGGCGCCGGCUAACAAAUCGUUUGCUGAUCAUAUGGCCGCGCACCAACAACAGCUGCAGCAGCCGCAACAGGCCGCCUUAGCUUCUGCCUUGUCAUCGCCGGAGCGACCCACCGCUAGCAUACAGACUUGCCCCCCUCCGCUUCCCCUUCCCCCUCGCAUUUCGUCGCAGCGCGGCCGCCAGUCACGCUACCCCCCGCUCUCCUCUCCUCAACGCGGCACCAAGCGCGGCGCGUCGCUGGAUAUGGCCGCCGACGCAGAAACGGCCACGCGCAAGCUCGUCAAGAAGCUGCGCCACUCGGCCUCGCGCAUGUCGAACGAGCUGAUGUGGUCGUCGAAUCACACCCACACGGCGGCGGCCCCGCGGCUCUCGACGUCUUCCAGCCGUCCGGCUUUGUUCAGCAGCAGCAGCAACGCAGCGCCUCCCUCAGACACAAUCUCCCCAGCCGCGGCCGUCACGGACAGCGAGACCCCUGCGAAGUCGGGGAAACUGACCAAGGCAAAGGACAAAGACAAGGAAACCCGCCGCCGCCGGAUCCUGCUGGGCGGCCUCGGACGGAAGCAGCACCAUCACCAGCCAACCGCCCCAGCAGCUGCCGAAACGGAUGUUGACCCUGACGUGAUGAUGGUUGACCCACCGGAGCCGGAACAGCCCGAACAACAGUUCAAACCGCAGCAGCAGGAGCACAACAACAGGCCGCCGCACUACUACCACUACCACUACCCGCAGCGCCUGCGCACCAGCCCGAGCGUCACCAGCAUGCAGCAGCAACCGCAUGAGCCGCUGAGCGUGGUGCCCGACCCGAACCAGGGCAUCCCCGGCGUGCCGAGGAUCCCGAGUGGGUUGCGCCAGCACCCCCAGGUGACAAUGGUGGUUGUGGAGGGUGAGGGCGUCAUCGGGCAGGAGGAGAUGAUGGCGAGGGAGGAGAACAAGAAGGCGGCCGCGGGAAACAGGGAUUCUGGGCUCGGACACGCGGAGGAUGUCGAGAAUAUGCCUGUUGCGGUUGUGGGGUGGAACUGACUUUUUUAUCUUCCCAUUGUCAAGGGUUCUUGUUCGUUUCCAUUUUCGACUUGUCUCCUUCUUCACGACGGAUGAACGGCCUCGGUCUCAUUCAUUCGGCUUCCGGGCGGUUGAAUACCCCCCCCUGGGUGGAA